AUGCUGAUGGCUAAAGUGCGAAACCUCUUCGGCGCGCUACCGGAGGAGAUAGCACCCCUCUUGCGAACUGCCCGCUCCAUGGGGUUGAAGAUCGUCGAGGUGUCGUUCCACAUCGGUGGCAGAGCCGCUAAUUUGCAUGCUUUCGAGGAGGCUAUCUCAGCGGCCGAAUCCGUAUUCCGAGCCGCUUCGCAACUCGGUCUUCCCGAUUCGCGGGUUCUGGAUAUCGGGGGUGGGUUUUCACCCGGGCCACGAUUUGUCGAGGCUGCCUCGACCGUUAGGGAUGCUUUGGACGAGCACUGCUUCGUUGACGAGGUAAAAAUUGUCGCGGAACCGGGUCGCUAUCUCGCCAGCAUGCCUUACACGCUGGUGACGAACGUUACGGGGAAAAGGGUUGGCGGUGGCGUGAGGGAGUACUGGAUAAAUGAUGGCAUGUACGGUUCGAUGAACUUCUGGAAAUACGACCACGACGAUGUGGCUUGUACUCCUCUGACCGCUGAUGGCGGCAAGUGUUCCACUUUCAGGGGGGCUGAAACAUUCGGCUCCACGGUUUUCGGCCCAACGUGUGAUGCUAGGGAUACUGUUCUCAGAGACUACUGA